AUGGCCUUGUUCCGGAAAGAAUCCUCGUCGGUUCGGUCUGAACUCUUUGGGAAGCCAGGCAUCAAAGCCAAUGUGGUCCACCACCAGAAACCCCUCGAGGAUCCCAGCUCGUCUUUUCCUGUGACUGGUGAUCACAACAUCAGUGGCAUUCCAAACAGCUUCAGCCUCAACUGCAGUGCCGAUCUGCCACACCUGCAAAACAUCAUGAAAAAGUACAACCUCGACGAAUCACUCCAGUACCUGAAACGCUACAUUCGAUUCACCCGCGUCGAGGGCCUAGAGCGGAAGCGUAUGACCAAGGUAUCCGAAAACUUGCUCAACGCGGCCUUCAAAACCAUCCACGUCAACAAGCACUACUACCCGCAGGAUUCCUGUGAAAAGCCCCUCGAGGUGCAGGUUCCCGCUUCCGGUUUGCCUUCAUCCGUCAACGCAAGCGAUUUCAUGUUUGGUGUCUCGACGACCUUUAAGCGAUUCAUGGACCCGGAAACCACGCCAAUCAAUGAAUGGAUAUACUGGCUUACCGACAGCCGUGGCCACUCCAACGGCGGUAAACUGCUUCUCAUGCUACUCGAUGCUAGCGACGACAAUCUUCAAGAGGUUGCCAACUUGCUCGGCGACGUUGGCAUCGACGUGGACGUCUAUCGCUCCGACUCUUCUCUGGAAAUGGCUGUUCGGUAUCUUUCCCUGGUCCCUACGCUCUACACGCAUCCCGACGCCCCGAGAAAGAAGUGGCUUGUGACGUGCGAUGACGACACAUUCUUCCCCAGCAUGCAUGAGUUGAUUGAGAGACUGGGCAAGUUUGAUGACACCCGCGAGAUGUACAUUGGCACUCUGUCGGAGGACGUGGGGGCCAUUGAGCGUCACGGCUCACAAGCUUUUGGGGGUGGAGGUGUUUUCCUGUCGUUACCCCUGGCAGAGAGGAUCACUGAACUCUUUGGCAGUUGCACCACGGAGCAGAAGGUUCUCGAGUCCAACUCGGGAUGGGGCCCGCAGGGUGACAUUCUUCUCCGCAAGUGCAUCUACGAAAACACGCAUACUCGACUGACGAGCUUUUGGGAUCUCUGGCAGCUGGACAUAGUCGGUGAUCCCUCUGGGUUCUACGAGUGGGGCAUCAAGCCGCUCUCGCUCCAUCACUACCGCGGCAGCGGGUGGCACAAGGCCAAGCCUGGCAUGUACACCAAAAUUGCCCACACGUGCGGCGAAGACUGCACGCUGAUGCGAUUCCAAACCGAGGACGACUUCAUAAUUUCGGGAUACUCGAUUGCCCACUAUCCAGAGGGCGUGACGUUCGACCCAAAUCAGAUGGAGGCGACUCUGCACGCAGCACCAGAAGACAAGGGCUGGAACCUUGACUUUAUGAUGGGGCCAAGUCGGCAGAAUCUCGAAAGGACGGGCAAGAAGAUUGCGUGGCAACUAGAAGAGUCCGAGGUGCAGUCGGACGGCUCUGUGCUGCAAACGUACACACGGAAGCACAAGGACGAACGAUGGGUACACGCGGACAAACAACCCAUGAGCAACAUAGACGGUAUUAUCGAGCUUGUUUGGAUUCCAUCAUGA